AUGGCGAAGCUUCUUCGAAAGGUUGCCUCUUCCUGGAACCUGGACGACUCAGCAAAGCGAGACAAGCGUGACACGUACGUGAAGGGGCUCUAUGAACUCUGGGAACAAGUUUCCACCAGGAAAGAUCCAUACCUGACACUUUCGCCCUCUGAUCUGCCUCGCAUCAAGUGUGUGGAUCUCCUCGGAGAGUCUACCUUUCAUGAAGAGUCAAGUGUUCCUGGAUUCUUUCGUAAAAUGACUCACAAGAAACUACGGGAUUAUCCAAUCAACGAAAAUAACGAAGAAACUAUGGGCUGGCAUAGACGCAGUAAGGCUUUCUGGAGUCAAACUGAGAAGAUUUACCAGGGUCUCCGUCCCAUUAAACAGGCCGCAAUGAUGUGCGGGGCAAUGCGACUCGCCUUUAAUGCAUACAAGAGAACGACAAGUGAUGGUCGGCAGGUUACGCUUAGGCAAGUGUCUGGGUGGAAGGAAGCUGAUUUUGCGGAUGAAAUCUUUCAUAGCCUUUUUGACGACGAGGUCUUGCACUCCAAGCAUUGGUAUGCCAGGGAUGCCUGGCAAUCAGGCAAGCCGCAGAAGCAACCCCAUGUCAUGUUGACUCUUGCACAUGAGUAUGAGGGGAAUGAUAGCAGCCUUCUGUGUGGAGAGAUACUGGCUAUCCUGGCCACCAUGCUGACUCGACUUGAAAGCGACUUCUUCAAGGAUCAUAAUAUCAUUCCUGUCAUGGUACUAUCUUUCAUGGCCGAUCUGAAAGGCAGGGUGCUUCAGGCCUACUUCGCUGACGAUGGGCUGGUCAUUUACAAGAGCAGGAUUUUUUCUUUCAAAGAAGAAGCCGGCGAAAAAUCAGCGGAGCUCUUUCUCGGGUACAUGGGGAGUGAAAUGAUCGGGGCUACCGCAGUCAAAAGGCUUCAUCACUCCAUUCCAGGUGAUGAGGCUACCGCAGUCACAGAGGUCAGUCCUGCCCCUGCCGUUCAGGGCGCAUCUUCUACUCCUGCCGUUCAGGAGGUUCAUCUUGCCUGUCCUGUCGUUCAGGACGCAUCUUCUACUCCUGCUGUUCAGGAUUCAUCUAGUCUCCCAUAA